GUUCACUCAACAAAAACAUCUUCUCCACCGACAGUUGACCACUUGUAUUCGCCCCCAAGCUCUCUCUUUCUCCUGUCUCUCUCUCUCUCUCACACACAGUGUCUUGGAAAAUGGAGAUUAAUCCCCCAAGUGUAGAAAAGUUUGAGCAAAUAGUAUGCAACUUAGAUGAGCAGGGUUCAGGGGAGCAAGUUCGGGCUUAUACAUGUACCUUCUGCAAGAGAGGCUUCUCAAAUGCACAAGCCCUAGGAGGUCACAUGAAUAUCCAUAGGAAAGACAGGGCCAAGCUCAAACAAACCGAAGAUGAAAGCCUACUCUCUGUGGACAUGGCAAAUAAGAAUCCCUUAAUCCAUCCUCAGCCAUCUGCAGACAACUUAUCUCAACUGGGAUCAACGGAAGGCAAAGAUUGCACACUUAAAAGGCCAUUGACCUUGUCUGGAGAAGACGAUAUCAGUCCUUCAGGGAAAGAUGGCAUGGAAAAACUGCACCAGCUGUCCUUGUUUUCUGAGAAGCCAUCAAAGAGCAAUGAUCAAAGGGCAAGUUCUGCUGGCGGGCAUAAGGAGAAGACAAGGCACAGUCAUCAUGGUUCAUCUCAGAAAGAAUUGGACCUGGAGCUUCGUUUAGGGCCAGAACCCCAUGAGACAUCUGCAUCCGGAUCCAGAGAGUUCUUUUGAAUUUGCAGAGAAUAGGGUGGAUGUGAUUUAAUGAAUAGGUUUUCUUCUCAUCCUUUUCUUCUACUACUUUAUGUUCAAAGAGAUAUAAUAACAACCGUCUUCUAAAGGGAAUAACAUGAAGGAAAAUAGUCUAUGCUUUUCCUAUAAACUUCUAGUGCAACUGAUGCAUGAGUAGAAAAAGGAAGUCGCUUUUGCUUAGUUCUUCGUAUGUAUUCAAGUCUUUUUCCAAGAAAUUCAUGUUUAUGUAUUGAGUCUCCACUCA